AUGCUACUGGUAGUGGAGUCUGUCAGAGAUAAGCAGAAAGCAGUUCUCGAAGAAAUCAAGAACAAGAAUCUGCAAAGUAACUUCAAACCAGUGGUGGUCAGUUUGGCCACCACCAAAGCCAACACUGGCCCCAAUAACCACCACAAGACCAGAGGAGUUCCGACUAACAGAGAUGGGGUGGAGGUGGAGGAGGAGGAGGAGGGGGAGGAGGAGGAGGAGGAGGAGGAGGAGGAGGAGGAUGGGGAGAGGGGGCCAGGGGAAAAGAUGGAGGAGGUAAAACAGAAACUGGUAGAAGCUGGGGUGCCACGUGAACACUUACCUGGUAAAGACGAACAUGACCAUUAUGAGUUGGAGACAGACUACAUCGGGGCGUAUCGAGUGAGGGAGUGGCACGGAAAGCCGCUGCGUCAUUUGGGGUGGGGAGGGUCGUUUGCCUUCUUCCUCUGCCUCCUGGCCCUCAUCCUCAGCUUCGAAUGCUUACUGUGGGCGGUGGCUCUCGGCUACUACCACGCCAAGAGACAGGAGAAAGACAUCUCUGCCUUUAUUCUGGUGGGCUUCCUGGCCGGCUUUCUCCUCCCUCUCCUCCUCUUUGUCGCCUCCGUUCUCCUCGCAAUCGUCCUCGACUACGUCACCAUCGGCCGAGUCGACGCUCGCAAGGGAAUCAAACGUUUCCUCCCGUCUGUGGUAUUUGAGGAAGGCAAAGACUUUGACUACUGGGUGAUUGAAGAGCGCUUCUACUUCAAACUUGAAAAGAGGGACCAGCACCUGGAGAGCAAGUACGGGUUGUGGUACUCGUGUGACAAGACCCUCUCCACGUGGCUGCUGACUGGCAUCGUGGCCCUCUCCUUUCUCCUCUGCCUCUCGUACUUUGUCGAUAUCACAGUGAUAGAGGAGACCACUCUCUCCUCCUGUCCAAAUGACACUGAACUCUACGACUGCUUCAACAGAUCCACUUUCAACUUUGUCGACUGUGCCGAUGGGGAGAUGAGGCGGAAUGUAGAGUUGAUUCAUUGUUUCAGGUUUCUGAGGUUUGCUGUCGACACUCAUCUCAUAACCAGCAUCGCCCUGACCUACGCCUUCUACCUCGUCAUCGUCACCAUGUUUGGUCACGUGUUUACGGCCAUGAAGACACUGCUUCACCUUCAUCGGACUCGGCUGUGGGGCGUGGCUUUCCUAGUGGUGGGCGGAGUUGCUCUCGUACUUACCAUUGUGUUCCUGGCCGUACUGGAGGAUACCUUCCCCUUCCCCUUCCCCUUCCAUAUCCAGGUUACCUUCAUCACUGUCAUGCAGGUUAGGUGACACUAAUGCUGGUAUUAUUAUAAUGGUGCAACUCCUAUAAUUUCCCUUUAAUCCUUGGACGCCAUGGGGAUCUGCUUAAACAAGUGGAAAUAUCAUUUCUUCAAAAUGAAGGGGGGAUGUAGGGAUGGUGU